AUGAAUGUUGAAAUGCUAACGAAGAUGGCUGGUGAUGUUCGCAUUGGUGGGAGGGGUAGCGUUAGAAGAAAGAAGAAGGUUGCGUAUAAAAUCACCACAAUAGAUGACAAAAGGCUGCAAAACAUUUUGAAAAGAAUUAGAGUAAACAUAAUCCCACAAAUUGAGGAAGUUAACAUUUUUAAGGAUGAUACAGUUAUCCAGUUCUUGAACCCUAAAGUUCAAGCCUCAAUUCGUGCCAACACUUGGGUUGUUAGUGGUUCUUCCAAAACAAAAGGUAGGAAUUUAGCUAAUCCAACUGCUUAUUAUAGUGUGGUACAAUAUGCCUUAAAGUACGAUGCGUACAUGAUGAUAAAAUCGCACGUUAUGUUACAUAAAAAAUGA